AUGUUCUCAGUAGAAUUAUCUGUGGUACUUGCGGUUGUUUGUGGGCUUCUACCUUUUGACACGGGUAAGUGCUGAAAUCAGGCCAUAAAUAUACAAGAAGGUGAAUGGGCCAGUGUAACCUUAAAACUGUUUUUCACUUUUAUGAUGUGCAAUGAUGAUGACAUGAAUUUGUUUCAGUUUGGAAUGCCCUGGUUUCUUCUUUCUGCUAAACCGCUAUGCCCUCACUUCUAAAUGUGCGAUGGAUAUUGUCUGAAUCCGCAGAUCAGUUUGAAUUCGCCUAUUACCUAAAAAAACAAUGUUGACAAGCUAAGGGGAAAACUUUUUCACUUUUUCCCCCGGCGCGGGCUCCCAUUACCGUCUCCAACGUAUCAUAAUAUUAUAUAUAACUUUAUUAAGGCAGAUAAUUUUUUCCUGUAAAACGGUAAUUUAUAAACCCAGCGACCCUAUAAGUAAUUAGUAGAAAAUACCCACCAUGCUCAUUAUUACAAAAUGCUGACAAUUUCAGUUAUUCUAGACUGUUCACAGUCCCCUAUUCUCUAUUUAGAUCGUCAGAAUCGAUCACUCGCCGAUACGGGGGGGGGGGGAAGGAGGCGAUCUUGGGGCGUCUUGGUUUAGUAGAUUAAGACACUCAUCCUAAUCCAAGAUGGUCUCCCGAUCUUACGGAAAAAUAGGGGACUGAUCAGUCUACAGUCGUCAUUCCUUUUUCUUUAAGAUAACUAACCCUUAAUGCCUUGUCUCAAGGAGAAUGGCUGAUAAAAUCGAGUGAACGAGGGCUAUUUUUAUUUAGACAGGAGGCUCCUGGUUGAGACAGUCGAAACUGGUACAUAGUACAUUAAUUACAUUAAACCCGCCACAAGCACCCCCUCACCCCCGGUCUGAAAAAAAAAAAAAACAAACAAAAAACCAAACAAACACUUUUUCGGUUUCAGCUGGGAAACAUUUUUCAGGUUCCGAAAAAAUUACUGCACUCUUAUGUUUUAAUAUUUUAGGUACACAAGCUUCUAGUAAUUAUUCAGGUACGUAUUAUUCAAUUAUUAGUAAGGAUUGUUUCAUUAUAUAUUCAAGCUUGAAGUGUUUGAUGAGGAAUUGCUGUCAGAGUGCCUGCUGCAGUCAUCCUUCCUCUCUCAACCACUGGUAUCAGUGAUUUGCCCGCGUGGCAGUUCCCCGCCCCUUUUGACGCACCUUAGCCACGUGGGUUAUCAAUGAUAGAUGUUACGUUAUUUAGAAAUUAUUGUAUGAGGUUGAUUAUGAUCUAAAGAAUUAUUCAGAUUGAAGAGCUUGUCAUCUGCCGAGUCGCGAAGGCCAAUGAGGGCGCACGGAUAACAAAGAUCGAGAGAGAUCUGCAUAAUUCUUCUAAUCAUGCGAAAGCCAAAUCCAGUUAUGGUUUUAUUAUUCAUUCAUAAUUUCUAGUUUUAAAACAAGCCGAAACGUGCUAACCUCGAUCGAUGUAAAGUUAUUGUCCUUUCCCUUCUGUUCCUCGGCAAAUUAGAUGAUAAUAUGAUGACAUAUGCUUUGCGUAUAGUACCCUGCUAGCAGAGUCCCUUCGAUCUUUCCUAUUUAUCUAGGAAGAUCGAAGGAGACUCUGUUCGCAGGGUAUUUGCGUAGCAGAUAUUGUUCAUAUUGCUGAUGCCAUUCCUUGAGUUGUAUUUUUGCUAUUGUUGCCAUAAGCCAGUAGUUCGGCUAUCCAGUUUGAGAAAUUUUCUCCAAAGAACGUUAAUUGCAGCUUCAAAUAUUUUUAUAAAGUGCCUUAUAAGCUCCAAAACAAAACUAUGCAGUCAUUUUCCAGGAUUUUUUCUGAUUUUCAGAUAUUUUUAGCAGGUACCGUAUUAAAAUGGACAACAUAAUUUUAUUUCAGCUGACUGGCCUGGGCAUCAUUUACGUAGAAUAUAAUUUUCUGAUAACGGUCGCAGAGUAUUUUUCUCCGUUCUCGUAAGCUUGGAGACAAAGGGAAUUUUCUUUUUUCAUUGGUGCAGUCACAUAAAACGUUAAGAAUUAUCAACAAGAAAGUUACUUCUGGUUUCGAUUUACACGUUUCAACUUCACUAUCAAUACUAGAAAGACUCGCUGGAACUUUCUUUCUUCUUUUUCUAAUAAAACUUUAUGUUCCAUUUUCAAGACACCGAUGAAGUGCAACAGAGCUCGGCCUGUUUAAAUUGCUGGAAAGCAGUAGUUUUGGUAGAAGGGGUCUUGCUUGCUUUUCUAGCUGUCACUGUUGGGAUUUUAGUGGUAGGAGGACGCGCCAAACGUAUCAGAAAAGGUACGUAAAUAAUCGAGAAAAUGCAUCUUUAUAUUUAUUGGCAACCUAUGUUAGCAUGUCGUACGUAACUUUAAAUUUGAUCAUCAACAUUCAAACCCUAUGAUUCGAUUAAGUAGGCAACGAAUAUAGUGCACCGGUAAAGUGUAAGUGCAGGCAUUGUAUGUGCUAAUGCGAGGUUCUACCCUUUUUGCACUGUGACCCUAUAGCGGCAGUGUCAGACCGUAAAAUAUUGAAGAAACUACGAUGGAAUUUUAAUUGGUUAUACAGGAAGAAGCUAAAUUCAAUUCUUUCUACUACAUGAUGAGAUGUUAUUGAACACUCAUACCAAAAUAACGUUUUCUUUUCACGCUACAGCUACCAUGUUUAUUUACAGCAAGUGAAGUCUAUUUCAUGGUGUUCUGCCAUGAUGCAUAAAAGGAACUCAUUACUUGAAUUCAAUUGAUUUAAACGCCGAUGCCGUAUCUCACUAAAAACGAUUGCUUUCCUUUUUUUUCCUUUUAAAAAUAUUCUGGGACCCGAGCAUUUUUUUUAGCUAAAGAAAAAUCUCCCGUCCUUUCAUUAAAACUAUAAGCUUUUAGGUUGCACUGAAGAGAUUCAACCAGGGCUCGUUAAUACGUCUUCGUUCAAAUUGUGCUUGCAUGCUGAGAAUAAUUAUCAUAAAGAAUGAAAGGGAUUUUAGCACAUUGACAAGAAAAGACUUUUUAUUGGUUACAGCUAUAUUCACCGAAGUUAGCGUAGAAAAGUAGCCUAAGAACUAAUAAUCUUAGCCUUUUUUUUUAAUUUUUUCUCUUUCUGUUUGUCUUUCUUUUUGUAGCAGCUGCAAGGGAUAAAACUACUGAAAGGUACAGCUCCUGCCAAAGUACAGUCUCGGGGGAAAUUUAAUAAAAUUUCUAGAGGUGUAAUUUACAAUUGUGGCCGCUAGUACAAUUGUAAAUUACACUUGCAAAAGUUUUAUUAAAUUGACCCCCGCAAGAACUUCAUAGUUGACAGAACAAAAAUUAACCGCAAAAUGUCUGUGUGUCCAUUUACACCGACAAACCAUCCUUCAAAAAGCGGACUUCAAAAUCCAAAACGAAGCCGCCUUAAAUGUCUUUUCCUCAGGCUCUUUUGUGACCGGGUUCAGUACGCAUCAUGUUGAAUCAGUUACAAGACGGCCACUAAAAGUUGUGUUAAAGAAAGAAUCAUCCCUCCCCAGAUUCAAAAGAGGCUGCUAAUCGACCCUGAGCAAAACGUCAUCAAAUCCAUAACAAUUAAAUGGAACUUUGCGGUAACCAUACACAUUUUGUAGUUACAAAGCUCCUCUGUCGUUCUUGAGAUUUGUCUGUGUUAUAUAUGUCAAAUACCGUGCGCUGCUGAGAAUCUCCAACUACAUUUAAACAGCAUUAUGAAUUUGAAUAGCGCCAUCUUAUAAACAAAAACGAAAACACUCUCAAAAACUGUUCUCCACAUUUACCUCUCCUUUACGUUUCAUAUCUUUCCAUUGAGACAUAUGAAACUAAACCAAGUAGCUUUUACAAGAAGCCUGAAAAAAUUGAUGUCAUACGGUUAAAAGAUUUGUACAUAGUUUUAUUUUAGUAGUUCUGUACAUAUUCUGAUAUUUUUAUAUUAUAUCUCAGUGUUUUGGGGUUUCUUCUAUUUUUGUUUGUGACAAUUGCUACUUGGAUAAUAGCAGCGAAGAUGCUUUCAAUACUGUGAUGAGCUUAGUGUAUUAGACCACUUCAUAUUUAAUUAAUUUUACUGAAUACGCAAUAAAUCGUUUGUAAUUUAUUACUAAUUAUAAGAUAAUUAACUUUCCCUCAAUAUAUUGUAUGUAUUUGUAAAUUACUUUAUUAUAUGCUGUUCUUUAUUUAUAUAAGUAUAUUGAUUUAAUUAAUAACUAUUAUAUAGUAAGAACUAAAUCUAAUGUAAAGAGAAAGUCUCACCUAUAAGCCUUCAUGGCUUCUUGAGACUUUCUUUUCUCUCCUUCACUUUAUAUGUAAAAAAGGCAAAAAACAAAAUCAAUAAACAUUACUCAAUAAAGGUUACCACUACUACGACGACGGAACUGAAUUGGACGUCCUCAGUAUGGACCCCAAAAAAUUAAUAAAAUAUACAUUCAUCAGAUUGGUUCCUGAUCUCAGCACUUUUAUAUAAUUGUACUUCUCCAGGUUUGAGCUUGGAGUUAAGAACACAUCAUUGUUGAAUCCAGCGGAGGAUGUACAUAGACGACAGGCCGGUGUGUCUGAUGAAAACGAAGAAGGAGGGUGCGAAUCCGAAACAGUACAAUCUGGUAGGAUGGAAUGUGGAUACGACACGUUGCGUCGUCUUUCAACAGUAAGUUGAAUCAUCUCUCGUUUGAUUUCAGACUUUUCAAGAACUUACGUAUAGAUCACAGAGGAAUCGAAGAGUUAUGAAGUCUCUUUGUCCCCUUAGUGCUAGGAAAUUUCUAGCUGUUUACCACCCCGGUACUGCCUGUGAUACUGCUCUGACAUAUGAGAACAAACACGUCCGUACCGCCGGCAGAUAGGAACAUGGCAGGUCUUUUCUGCUGGCACGCUUGUGAAGUUUAACUCUAGUCAACUUCGCAGGACACUGGAGAAUGGAUUGGCCCCUGUUACCGGCGACUUCUGUUCUCAACCCAGGCAGUAACAGGGAUUAAGUAGCAGGUAGCUCAGGUGUUGAAAACCAUCAAACGAAGUUGAUGUGCUGCGUUAGUGUCCGGGGGGGGGGGUGUUUUCUUUUCGGAUAAGCUUAGCUGUCCUGUACGGAAGGAAAUCUGGGCUGCGUUCUUGGUUGCGUCAAUCCUGAUUAUUGACAUCUUUAUUAUCAUUUUAAGCAUUAACAAUGCUCUGGCAUUCACUCUAUCAACACUCGAUUUCAAUGUUACUCUCUCAGAAACCAGGAGAAGGCUCCUACACCUCUCUUACAGCAUGCGGCAGGGGAGCCUGCAGUGACUCACCCAUAUAUGUCAAUCAAGUGCCUUCUCCUCAAUACACGUCGAAUGGGUGAUUUUCUGGCACUGAAAAUCC